AUGGACGAACGAUUUGGUAACUAUUGCCCCACCACAUGUGGCAUUGCAAAUUUCUUAAAUAAAUAUCAGCCUGAGACAGAUCGAGAUCUCCAAGUACUUGAAAAUAUCCUGCAGCAGAUCUCAAAUUCCUCAGCUUUAACAGAUGAAUUGUUUCAUCAGAUCCGAAAUGCACACCUCGUGGACCGACCAGCUCAGCCAAAUGUGGUUUUAAGUUAUACUCAAAAAUCCAGAGACAUAAUUGAUGACAUCAUCCGAUAUGAAAACACUAUUGUGAACAAUGAAAAUACAAUACAAUUUUUGACAGAAAUUGUGUUAUCCAACAAUAACAAAAUUGCAGCAUUAAAGCAGAAGACUGCUCAGCUUGAGGCACAAUGUCAGCAGCCAUGUCAAGACACUGUCCAGAUACAGGAACUAACUGGAAAAGAUUGCCAAGAUAUUGCUAACAAAGGUGCCAGGCAAAGCGGGCUGUACUUCCUCAGACCUCAAAAAACCAAGGAGCAGUUCCUGGUCUACUGUGAAAUCGAUUCAGCAGGCAACGGGUGGACUGUUGUUCAAAGGAGGCUUGAUGGGAGUGAAGAUUUUAGGAAAACCUGGAUUCAGUACAAGGAAGGAUUUGGACAUCUGUCACCAAACGACCAGACAGAAUUCUGGCUGGGAAAUGAAAAGAUCCAUUUAUUAACCACACAGUCUGCUGUUCCAUAUGCCUUAAGGGUAGAGCUGGAGGACUGGAGUGGCCAAACAAGCCAUGCAGAUUACGCUCACUUCAGAGUGGGAGCUGAAGCAGAUAAAUAUCGUCUGACCUACGCCUUCUUUGUUGGAGGUGAUGCUGGAGAUGCCUUUGAUGGCUUUGAUUUUAGGGAUGAUCCAAGUGACAAAUUUUUUACUUCCCACAAUGGCAUGCAAUUCAGUACAUAUGACAAUGACAAUGACAAAUUUGAAGGCAACUGCGCUGAACAAGAUGGCUCUGGAUGGUGGAUGAACAGAUGUCAUGCUGGGCACCUCAAUGGCAAAUAUUACAGAGGUGGUGAUUACACUGAGAAAGAUGCUGGUCCAUCUGGAUAUGAUAAUGGUAUUAUCUGGGCAACCUGGCAUUCUCGGUGGUAUUCCAUGAAGAAAACAUCAAUGAAACUUAUUCCAUUCAGUAGACUUGCUGCUCUAGAAGGAGGACAGACUGGGGAAAUAAAACAAGGACUAGGAAUUCGAGGAGACAUUUAAAAAGAUAA